AUGAGCGCAGUCUCCAGUCCCAGUCCUGUUGACCAGUCUGUCGACGACAACGCUGCCGACCUGUCACACCACUCGCAUACCUCAAAGACAUCGGCCAACGCCUCUGUUUCGCCAAGCGAGACUCCGGAAACAACACGGAAGGAAAAUGCUAAUACCGAUGCUGUUCAACGAGAAAGGGGGGAAGUGCCUCUAAACAAACCUACGGCGCGGGCUAGUGCAUCAACCACGGCGGCAGCCAAUCCGCCGCCCCAGCAGCAGCAGGCCGAGAUGGACGAUUUCGGAUUGCCGAUUCGGGUGCGGCCGAGGAGAGUGUCUUCUGAGAGCGAGGAGACUUUUCACAACGUUCAUGAAGGUCAAGAGACUGAAGGCGACACUAGAGAAUCACAGACUGCUGCACCCGCGCCGUCAGUGUCUGACGAACAGACGAAGGCGGAGACUUUUGCUGGGAAAAAUGUAAGUGAAGGGCCAACGGCAUCCUCUCCGAGGCCCUCCACACAAGGAAAGGAAGAACCGUCCAAGACGUCAAUAGAUCUCCCUGCGGCCUGCAGCACAAGCAAGAUAUCGAGAGAUGACGAACCACCACCCCCGUAUACGAUUUCUCCACCAGAAGAUGAUACAAGACAUUCGAUUGAACCCCACAAGACGAAGCGGAAGUCCCUGGAACCAUCCGAAUGGUCGCAUCAACGACUCAAUGCAAAGAUAGAUCCGGAGGAGGAAAGCGAUGAAGAAGAAGAUGAUGGCGGCUGGAAGGAGAUGCCAGCUCUGGGGGACAUGGAUGUGUAUGAUGACUAUGGUCGACUUGUCGCAAAGGGCUCAAAGGACGUAGAGAGUGAUGAAGCCGUCUACAGUGGCCUGGGCGGAGCCGGUAAAGGGUACACCCGGGUGCAGCUUGACGAGGAUGCUCAAUCUGCAACUAGCAUGGAUGAAGACACAGGCUACCUUUUCAAAGACAGCCAUGCGAACUCCGCUGGUAUGGAAGAGGAGCUGCGCGACCCGACAAGCCAGAUGCAGGCUACGAAAGAUCUCUUAACCGAAAGUCAGAGGAUUGCGUACGUCGGGGUCACCAGGCUCACGUUGUGGCAGAUGGCCCUGGAUAUGAAUCGAAUACCCUCCAUCAAAGGAUGUCGCAAAGCGAAGCAAGGUGGUGUCGACUCCAUGCGCAAAUGGAGCCAAACUAUGAUGGCCAGGCUCUAUUCUCAUAUGGAGAUCGAUGCAGCGGAGCAGGUCAUGAUUGAGCAACUGGCGGAACAUGGCGUGCAGCCCGCGGAUCUUGUCAGACCCCUCAUGAGCAAUGCCCGCGUCAAGAAUCCAUUAGUUGAGGAGACUGAUACACCAAAGAGAUCUAUGUCAUCGCCUACGUCUCCUCGCUUGAGGGAUGAAUACCGGAGUAGUAAUUCAGCAGAGUUUGACCAGUCAUCCAGAUCAACUUCUCCGCCCCCUUACGAGACCCAUGAGGGGGAAGAUCUUCCAGAAGUUCGUACCCCAUCACAAUUACCUACUUCGGCCAAGAUCGAUAUUGAUUUGCGUUGGACGGUUCUCUGCGAUUUGUUUCUCGUCCUUAUCGCCGACUCUGCCUAUGAUGCCCGCUCCCGAACCCUACUUGAAAGAGUGGGCGAAUCAAUGGAAGUACCAUGGCUACAGAUCGCUCGAUUCGAGAAGCGCGUGAUCGAUGCCCUUGAGAUGCAAGAGGCCGCGGAUAAAGAGAACUGGGAUGAAUCGGAACACAUGGAGAAGAGACGCAAAAUGGCAUUGAAACAUAAAUACAUGAUUAUGGGAUUGGCCACGGUAGGUGGCGGCCUGGUGAUUGGUCUUUCUGCAGGGUUGCUGGCCCCUGUCAUUGGUGCAGGUCUAGCAGCCGGUUUUACCACCGUUGGGAUUACAGGAACAAGUGCUUUCCUGGGUGGUGUUGGGGGUACAGCGUUGAUCGCUUCUGGCGCUACACUUACUGGUAGUACGAUUGGUCUGAGAGCAUCUCAGAGACGGAUGGGAGCGGUUCAGACAUUCGAAUACCGCCCCUUGCACAACAACAAGAGAGUAAACUUGAUUAUCACUGUCUCUGGUUGGAUGACUGGCAAAGUGGAUGACGUACGGUUGCCCUUCAGUACAGUUGACCCCAUCAUGGGAGAUCUGUACUCGGUUUUAUGGGAACCUGAGAUGCUGCGGAGCAUGGGUGAUACCAUCAAUAUCCUGGCCACAGAAGCUUUGACGCAAGGUCUCCAGCAAGUCUUGGGGCAGACCGUCCUGGUAGCUUUGAUGGCAUCUCUGCAACUACCUCUUGUACUCACCAAGCUGUCGUACCUCAUUGACAAUCCAUGGAAUGUCUCGCUAACUCGCGCAAAUGCGGCGGGCCUGAUUCUGGCGGACUCUCUCAUGGUGCAUAACCUCGGUAAAAGGCCUGUCACGCUGGUAGGAUAUUCCCUUGGCGCUAGGGUCAUCUUCUCUUGCCUGAAGGAACUCGCAGACAAGGGCGCAUAUGGAUUGGUCCAAAACGUUUACCUUUUCGGGUCACCCAUGGUGGCGAACAAGGACGAAUACCUCAAGGCGCGCACUGUUGUCUCUGGUCGGUUCGUCAAUGGUUACGCUUCGAAUGAUUGGAUUUUGGGUUAUCUUUUUAGAGCGACGAGUGGCGGUAUUAUGAGGGUAGCAGGCCUUGCGCCUAUAGAAGGUAUCCCUGGGCUGGAGAACUUUGAUCUCACAAAGCUUGUUAAUGGUCACAUGGACUACCGUACUGCGAUUCCCCGGCUAUUGAAAGAGGUAGGAUGGGAGGUGGUGAGUGAGGAAUUUGCAGAGAUUGAAGACCCUGACCCAGAGAACCAUGCGGAGCGGCAAAGGGAGCUCAUCCGUGAGAUCGAUGAGGCAAGACGUGACGCCGAACAAAAACCGGAGAAGAAGCGAUUCGGACUGUUCAAGCGUGGCAAACUGGCUCAGAAGAAAAAGUGGGAGACGUACGAUGUGGAUCGCAACAACACGACAGCGCGGAGUUCCAUUGAUACCAACAAUGGGAACGGGUCAGUCUUGUUCGACAUUGAUGCCAUUAGGGCCGAGCUGGCUUCGGAAAAUCUCGAAGUCAAACAGCUCGAGUCAACCCUCCCACCUAUGAAGUUGGACUUGAGUGCUCCCGCGAGUCCAUCACCUGCCCCAACACCACCUAAAACUCAGGAGACGAAGCCCUACGAGCCGACACCGCCUCCAUCAGAAACGCUUCGAGACAAGGAACAUGGCUAUAGUCCUUCUCGCGACGCUGCACCGUACUCCGCGCAUGAAGAAGAGGUUGAGCUGACAUUCGACACUUCCUUCCACGAGACGCCAACACGGUCUCAUUCCUCGUUCGGGGCUCCAAACCCAAACGAUGGUCACCCUGCCAGGCCGGAGCUCCGAUCUGCAGUUACGAUGCCUGCUCUGGGUGCUAGUACAUUGGGUGCUAUGGCUCUAGAACCCAAUGCCUGGGCUGAGCAUGACAUUGGGUAUGGUGACGAGAACGAGAUUCAAAUGACUUUUGAAUGA